AUGUUCAGCUAUAGAAAAUCUCAAUUAAUAGAUCUUUGUAAAGCUAUGAAAUGGUAUACGGUGGUCGUGGAUUUUUGGACAGAUGCUCAUUCAGGUGUACAAUUUUGUGGAAUUGCACUUCAUCAUGUAACUUCUCGACUAGAAUUACAAGAUUGGAUUCUUGGUUGUUAUCCCUAUGAUUGUGAAAAUCAUAGUGCUCUUCAAGUACGACAAUUCGUCAAUUCUAAAUUAUCCGAAUUUCAUUUGAAGCUCGAUAAUGAAAUAUUUGUGGUCACUGAUAAUAAAAAUUGCAUGAAGGCAGCAUUUAAAGAAUCAUGUUCAAGAAUUGGUUGUUCAAUACAUUAUUUGAAUAAGCAACUGGAACAUGCAUUUAUGACAAAAGAAAUUGACAAAGUCAAAGUUAAUUGUAAUGUAGCUCAAGAAAUGUUUUCAAAUAUUAGGAAAAUUGUAGCUCAUAUGACUAGAUCUCAUAAACAAUGUAAAUUAUCUCAUAAAAUUAAAUCUUAUUCAGAAACAAGAUUUAAUAGAGCUUUUAUUACAAUGGAUAUAUUUUUACUCGUAUUCGAUGAAUUGAUCACUGUGUUGGAUUCGAGUUUUGUAAAUCAUUAUUUAUCAAUUGAUAAAGAAUUAUUACAAUGCAUUUGUUCAUUUUUAAAGUCAUUUGAAGCAGUAAUUGAAGAAUUAAGUAAUGAUACUGUUCCAACAAUUCAUAAAGUUUUACCUUUACGAGAAUAUUUGCUAAAUCAUUGUCGACUUAAUCCUGAUGAUAAUGAUGGUGUGAAAGAAAUUAAAAUAUUCUUAGGUAUUUCACUGAUCCCACCGCCUUAG